GUUUUAGCUCAAUGAUCGAAAGGUGUUUAAGUUCUUUUUUCUUAAAAUCCAAAGAGAGUUAUUUUUUAAAAUGAAUGCUAAUAUUUUUGGACAAACAUUAAACAGGAUUGGACGAAGCUGGUUGACGAACACAUUUUUAGCACGCUCCUAUGCAAAACCUGCAGCUGCCGCACUUGGGGGAGGAAAAAAGAAAAAACUUGGAAAACUAGGCCCGGUAGUCGAGAAAAAGGAAAUUCCAGUUGAAACAGAUGUCAAUAAGCUGGUUAGCUAUGUUUGUGGCAGCAAUAUCUUAAAAACGGGACAGGAUAUUAAGCUUAAACCUGAUUCGGAAUACCCCGAGUGGUUAUGGUCCCUCAACGUUGAUCGAAUUACACCUGUGGAUGAAAUGGAUCCAGAAACGAAGCAAUAUUGGCGACGUAUACGUAAAAUGGGUCUCCGACGCAAUAAUCAACUAAGUAAAUUGAGAAAAUUUUAAUUGUAAGUUAAAUGCUGGCAUUCUUCUCAUUAAAGUUGAUUCAGGCGAAAAAAAGUUAAA